AUGGCAUCAGGGACCCUGAGGGAGUGGCUAGGCAAGGGACCAUUUAGCCUUGCCUUAAGCUCAAGCUGGCUUGGGCUAUGGUGCCACGCUGGCGUUGUGUGCGCUUUGGUCGAGAGCGGGCUAUCUCCCGCCAAAGUUUCAGGGAGCUCCGCCGGGGCGCUGGUGGCCGUCCUCUGGGCAGCGACGAUGAACACGGACAAGCUGCAAGAGGCGAUGGAGAGAGCCGAGGCCAGAAAUCCCAUCAUCUGGGCGUCUCUUUUUUCUCGGAACCUUCUACCGGGGGUAGUGAACAUUCACAGAUCAACCCGCGAGCUGCUCGAUCGCACCCUCGAAGGGCAAGCCGCGCCUGAUUUGGACAAGAGCGCCUUGCCCGUCCUGGUUUCUGCCUUCGAUGCCACCAGGCUCAAAACGAAGGUGUUCUCGGAGGGCAAGGCUGCCGACGCGCUAGCUGCUUCCAUGGCGGUUCCAGGGCUUUUCAAGCCGGUCUGGUCGAACGGGAGGCCGCUGAUCGACGGGGCGGUCGGGGACGUUGCCGGAGUCGACGGACUGGAGCGAUCUGAGAGGGUGCUUUAUCACCACGCAACCUACCUCCCGCUACGGUUAACGCAGCAUCUGGGAGGGUUUACAGACCUCGUCGCGCUCAAGAUAAACGGACUCCCAUAUCUCAACCCGUGGCAGCUGCCGGGAAACGGCAUGGACGCCUUUCGACUGGCAAAAGAAGCGACGUUGAGGGCGUUGGAUACCCCGGUGAAGAAGCGAGGGUGGACAGGGAGUGUUGCAGCUACCAAGGCCGAUGAUGGCACAAGCGGUUUGCCCGAGGCUGUACACCCGGGGGUUCGCGUGGUGAAAGUGCGGGCGCAGCGUAGGCAGAUGGUUGAUUCUGGCGGGGUGGUGCGGAGCAGGUUAUGAGGCAUGGGCACGUGUUGGGGCUAGCGCCAAGGAUGGGCGGGUGGCGUGUUUUCAAGAUUGUUCCAUUGUGUGGCAUGGAGAUGAGUUGUAAGGUCAAUGCUUGGGGUUGGUUGUGUCCGGGCUCGGCAGUGUCCAAACGCCGAAGGCCGUAGGUGCUACACUCCGUCUGUGGUGAGGUUCCAAGCUAUAUGGCCGCAUGCCCAUCACCCUGUGCAGACGUACAAACAGCUCGGGGGGUUGAUUGCAGGGGGACCAGAGCCUACCUAUGACCUUCAGUGAUGUCACUGCCCUAUCUGCCACAAAAAAGACGUUUGAAAUUUGUCAAUAUCUGCAGGUAUCAUAGUGAAAAACAUGACACCCCGAGUAUUUAGUCUAGUGACAAGACCGACGCCAAUUAGCGGAGCCCACCGAUUUUCAUUUGUUGUAGGCAAUCGCAAAGGUGUCACACUUGUUCGCUGAGUGUCUUAGUUGUUCUGCUCGCUACACCUUGGCGAAUGUACAUGUAGUGAGAAGCACUCUCUCAAGGCUGUUCAGUGGGCGGUGUAGCGACUACUGUAAAUUGUGUUGUUUUCAGGCGUGGCGUUUUGCUGUAGGCUGCUGGCAAUGAUUUCACCCGACCCGUGGACAUGUUGUGGAAGGGAUCAGGGAUGUUUGUGUUUUGUUGCCUUUUCUUACUUUUGUAUGUAGUAUGUCCUUUUCGAGUCGCUUGUAGCUUUUUUUGCAACGAGCAUUGGGUUUUGCUCUCAGUCCGUUGGGUGCUCGUGGUUACGCUGUCACCACGGAAAUCGCUUCUUUGCCUUAAUGUUUCAGGAAGAGGAGGUGUUCAUGACGAAAGUACGUGAACACCUCUCUGUCGCUUCAAAUGAAGUGUUGUAAGUACAGGCGUAUGCAUCAUGCGUUCCUUUUUUUUGCUUGCCUGUAGUUUCUAAAUUUGGAACGAUUUGAAAAUCUGAACGCACAACAAUCUCUUUCAGUACGU